CAUGCUGUUACACGAUACCACUGCGCAUCCAAGCUUGCUAGUCUUUUGCCACACCAUCUGCGUGUAAUAACCAGCACCUCGGUAGAGAACGUCUCUAGUGAAAACAUUUGCCUGGCCAACACCAACAAUUUGCAGUGAGCUAAACCAAGCUGAAGAGCUCACAUUGGCAGCCUCCGCCUUAUCCACAUGGGGAUCAUAUAGCAUAUAUAAAUUUUCUCCCAGAUUCGAUGAAUUAUCCAAAUGCGAUGAUUCGUAGACACACUUUUUUAUCCAUUUCAGUGCUUUCGACUCAAUACCGCAAUCGUAGGUCAGCAUAGACAUUUUUGUGGCUUUGGGGGCAUUUCCGCCGAAGGCGUCUUUAGCUUCUCCUUUGGCAACAAGCGAUCGGUAUUCAUUGUGCUUGUCAAGGAACACCUGCCUUACUUUAUCUGUCAUUUCGCUUUGUGAGGAACAGUGAGCGACUGAAAAAGGAAUUCACAAAAGCUACAGUCAGCAAAGAGAUAACUGCAAAACAUCUAAACCUUGUUUGCCUUUUGUAUUCUUUGCGGUCAAUCCCUUCGACUUGCGCUUUCCUUUGGGUGCUUCAUCUUCGUCAGCAUCUUCAAACGAAUCCUCCGAUGGUUCGUCGUCAUCUUCCUCAUUUCGGCUCUCUGUGGUCUCAUCAGAUGAAUCACCUUCGGGUUUCUCUACGUCUUCUUCGGCAUCCUCCUCUGCUGGCUUCUCUGCCGUUUCGUCAGAAGAAUCUUCAUCGGGUUCCUCAGCAGCGUCUUCGGCAUCCUCUUCAGACGAGCUAUCUGCGGAGUCUUCCUCUUCAUCAGCGUCUUCAAAAGAUUCUUCUGACGGUUCAUCGUCAUCUUCCUCAUUUCGGCUCUUUGGGUUCUCUUCAGAUGAAUCUACGUCGGGGUUUUCGUUCGCGUCAUCUGAAGACUCUUCAGAAGAUUCUUCGGCAUCCUCAUCUGUUGGGCUCUCUGUGGCUUCUUCGGAAGAAUCACUUUCGGGCUCUUCUGUAG